AUGAAGUCUUACGUAGCAGCCAGAAAUGUCGAUUUCAAGUUUUCUACCGUUUCAAAAUGGUGCGACGCGUUUUUCAAUAACUUUACGCCCGAAGAAUGGAAAACUAGGUGCGAGCAUGCAAAAAUAAUUGAGAUAGAGUUUAUGCAGCAAGAGCCCGCUUUUGAUAGAGUUGUAGACGAAGUUGUUAUCCAUUUAAAUGAAGUUGACAGCGAUAGCCACUUUCUCGAGACCGAAACUGAAGAUGAAGAUGCCGAAGAACGGACCGAUGAAGCAGAAGGGGACUCUAGCGGAAUUUUGGAUGUACAGUCUGGCAAAGCAAAUGAAUUGGUUUCGACUGCUUCUAAAACUGCAGUGAAAGGAAAUCCAUGUCAAUGGUUCUUCGACAGAGCUGAUAUAAUAUUUCUAGUUUAUGAUCCUUCCAAGUUGGAUGUUGGUCCUGAAACCGUUCAACCGAAAGAACACCAAGUACAAGAACGUGUCUCUGCCGCAACAGGGGUGAGCCUGUCUUCUAUAAGGCGUGUAAAAAAAGAAGCGCGAAAUAUAAAAGAGCAUGUGGCAAUUUCAUUCCCAAAACCAAAGAGAACAAACAUCAAAACUAAGGUGGCUCUCGAUGGUUUUGACCAAGGGUUGUUACGGAGAACGAUCAUCAACUACCAUAUAACAGAGAAGCGCAUACCUACCUUGCGCUGUAUACACAGAAAAAUGCGCGAUGUUGCCAAUUACAAAGGGUGUAAAGAAACACUACGCAAGGAAAUACACAAAUUGGGAUUCAGGUGGAAGAAAUUUGAAUCCAAUAGAAAACUAUUAAUAGAAUAG